GCCAAAUAGAAGGCUGCGCUCUAGAUAAUAAAUAUUAGAAUAAAAGGAGCGCUUUUAUUUCCCAUAUGACAACAUGUCUGUGGCGUUUUCAUCGGCGCGUCCCAGGAGUAAAGGCGAGGUGACACAGCAAACCAUCCAAAAGAUGUUGGAUGAAAACCAUCAUUUAAUACAGUGUAUUAUGGAUUACCAAAGCAAAGGCAAGACAGCUGAGUGCACACAGUAUCAACAGAUCCUGCACAGGAAUCUUGUUUACUUGGCCACAAUAGCUGAUUCUAAUCAGAACAUGCAGUCACUACUACCAGCUCCUCCUAGUUCCAAUAUCUCCAUGGAUUCUGGAAGAAUGAGCCAGAGUGGGGGACAUGCACCAAGCAACCUCAGUGACAGCAUGGGACCAGGACUGCCCCCCGCAUCCAUGAUGCAGAGCCAAAUGAGCAAUGGCCCCAGCCAUGCGCCCAUGCAGUCAGGUCACAUGCAGUUGGCUGUUCCCUCCACCAGCAGCCACAGUAGCUCGAUGCCCGGCUACAGUCAGGUCACACUUGCUUCUCAGCGUAGCCUGAUCCAGGGCCCCGGGCCUGGUUUUGGUUCCUCCUCCUCUUCUUCCUCCACGCCCUCAUCUUGCUCCUCCUCCCACAGCAACCUCAACAUGCAUUCGAGCCAAGUCUCCGUGAUGCACCACCAAUCUGCUCCUCCACAUUACUCCUCAGCCCAUUCAGGGGUACAGCACUAUCAGGGACAGCAGGCAAUGGGUAUGAUGGGACAGACCAAUCAAGGAAAUAGCAUGAUGCCCCAGAGGCCCUUGGGAUCCUAUCGCUCCUCUCAGCAAGGAUCUGCACAACACUUCAUGGGACAAGACGAGUUCUACGGAGAGCAGUAUGGACACACUCAGAGCUCCACCGAGCCCAUAAACCAGCAGUAUUACGCUGAUGGUCCUGGGGAAUACGCAUAUCAGCAGGCUUCAUAUGGGGAACAAGGCUACGACAGGUCGUUCGAUGAGUCUUCACAUUACUAUGAAGGAGGUAACUCUCAGUACAGACAACAGCAGACCUCGUAUCAACAAAGCUCUGGCCAGCAGCAGCAGCCUUUCAACCAACAGCAGUACUCCUCUCAGCAGGGCUACAGCGGGCACCCACAAGGAUACGGUCCUAGUCAGGGAGGAUCAUCCCAGUUUUCUCAGUAUCAGCAGAGUCAGAGCCAACAGUAUGGAUCCUAUCGCUCUUCCCAAGGAGGCGCCGGAGCACAAACUCAAAGGGCCUACACCUAUGAACAGGGCCAAUAUGGAAACUAUUAGCAAUAAGGCACUACGGUGUUUUGUUGUUCAAGGAACAUCCGCCAUUAUAUGCUUCAACGAUAUUACCCUCAUCGAAUGGAAAGGAAGAUGUCUCUGGACAAGAUUUAUUAUCUUCUUAUAAAUCAGCAUUGUGACCAAGAUUAGAUGAUUUAAUAAAUGUGAUGCUUCCCUCAAUGCAAAAUUUGUUUAAUGGGUAGUGAAGUACAAGAGAAGCAACUUGUGAUCAUAAUUUAUAAUUUUGCCUUGCAUAGACAUGCAUAUUUUCCAUAUGGUGCUAAUUUUAUUAGUGAAACCUUUUAGUUUUACCUUAUGCAUAGAGAAGGACUUCAAAAAGAAGGCUACUGAAAAAAAACAUUUAGCCUUAAAGGAAAUGUUCUUUUUAUUUUUAGGUUGUGGGGUUUUGCUUCAUGGUAAGGGAAUUUAAAUUGUCACGAGGCUGAGCUAUUGUUUGAAAUCAGGAGGUUUGUCUGUGUUAGUCAAACUGUGAUGUGUUGCUGUGAGCUCUAAGAUUAGCAUUCACGUAUUCACUUUCUAAAUAUGUCAUAGACCCAACAGGUAGAUGACUGAUUCAGAUUUAAAAGUUUGCAUUUUUGUCCAUUUUGUGGUUGUAUGUUCAAUACCAUAUUUUAGUGGCAUUGCUCUACUUAGACAUAUUGUAGAGAUAGAUCAAGAAAGUGGCUGUUGGUCAGAGUUCAUAAACUAUGACAGGCCAGCCAGAAACAAAACAAAAACAGAUUUUCUUUCUGACUAGAGAAUGCAUCAUACAUAAGUGUUAACAGGUUGCCCUGACAACACCACCCUUAGUGAGAAUGAUGUUACAUGGGGAAAAAGUGUUCACUAUUUUCAGUAUCAAUGAGAUGUUCAAACAUAAAGUUUGAGGAAGCAGAGAGAUAUUAGAGGUUUUGAAGUAAACAGUAUUUUCUAAGAGAUGUCAAAGCAUGUCUAUGGUUCACUCAGACUUAAAACAGAUAACAGGGAGUCUGAAUAAAGUACAGGAAAAGUGCUCUGUGUUAUGCUUUUGAGCUUUUAACCUCUAUCUGUUAUGGGACAUACUGGCGUUGAAGAAGUCAGCAGCUAUUUGGAAAACUUAGAAUUAAUGUUAGGAUCUACAUCCUCUAGAAUAUUCACAGAGACUAACUUUUUAGUAUGGAUAGCCAGCGUUUACCAUGCCUAUCUCAAAUAUAAGAUGCUAAGGCUGUUUAAAUUGUCAUCUCGGCAAUCAUAUUUUCUUUGUUUUUAAAGUAUUAGUAAAGUCAAUAUAAAUAAUUUAUUAAGCAGGACGUCUAACUAAUUAGUUUUAAAUGCUGUUAGUAUAUAUUCUUUUGUUACAGUUCUAAAAUAGCAAUCAUAAUUGGUUAAAACCUGUAACUGCAGGUCAAAGCUUUACAAAAACCAGAGACUGGAAAUUGGCCAUAAAUUUUUAUCGUUUUAUCUCUACCUAUGUGUAGCGUUAAUGGAUGCCAUUCAGUACUUCUUUUUUCAUCAAAAUGUUUUUCUACUUUGUCUGCACUUUGUUUUAUAGCGACAGUGGACGUAUUGUCUAAUAUUUUGUAAUGUAGUAUGAUUUAGAUUGUUUUUUGUUCACCAGUGAUCCUCAAACAGCGAAAGUAACCCAAGAACUGAGGAGUCAUAUAUGUCCUGCACCUCUGCUUCAGUAAGUGCAAUACUCUAAGCUGUGUCAAACAUGGUUCUAAUAUUGAAUUAGCAAUUCCUUUUGCUUUUACUUUAUGCAUAGGAAAGGCAAAAGAAAUUGUCUCAGCCUAUUUAUGUAUUGUUUUUUUAGCAGUUAUGUGGUGCAACUGGUGUGGUAUUUAAGAGAAUUUAGCUUGAUUUGUGUGAUCCAUCCAUCCAUUAUUCCAUCCAUCCAUCCAUCCAUCCAUCCAUCCAUCCAUCAUCCAUCCAUCAUUAUCAUGAUUGCUAUUAAUUUAUUUUUCAUAAAAAUAAAGAAGACGAUCUGAAAACACCUCAAACUUACAAUUUCUUACAGAUGAUCCGUAAUAUUUAAUAAUUAUUGGUGUGGGUGUUAAGGGUCCAACUCAAAUGUUAGAGGCGACUGUGGCUCAGUAGAAGGUUCUGCAAGCUGAAAGCUAUGGGUUCAAUUCCAACUUCUUCCAGACACUUGUCGAUGUGCUCCUGGGCAAGGCACUUAACCUUAAGUUGCCUACCGAUCUGUGUGUUGGUGUAUGAAUGUUUGCGAAUGCAAUUGGGGGAAUGUGGCUCUAGUGUAAAGUUCUUUCAGUGGUUGGUACUACUGGAAAAGCGCAAUAUAAGUUCUGUCCUUUUACCAUUUAACUGUGCAGUAUUCUGUUAAAACUCAACUUACCUCAGACGGCAGAAAAACAGAGCAGUUGCAGUCGUUUUGCAGUACUAAUCAGGAAGCUGACUGUCUAACAGUCUGUUACUACGAAGCAUUCAACACUGACAAUCAUAGGCUCCUCUGAAUUGUUAUGUGUGUUUUAUAAUACUGUGAACGGAACAUUUAUGGUCAUUUUUUUCCACAUCUGUGUCGUGUUUUCACUUGUGACACUGAGUGUGUUUGCAGAUAUAAUGUGUUUUCUGAAGGAAAGAGUGCAACUGGAUGUGUGUCAUUCAAAUCAGAAUGUCCUCCAACCGUGUUGCCUGAUCUUUUAUGCUUAUGUCUUUUGUUACUAUUUGGUAUAUAAAAAUAAACUGAUAUUAAUCUUUU